AUGGCUGAGAAAGGAGUCGCUAUCGCCAAAAAUAUUUUAAAACGUUGCUAUGAGACCAAUGAAGUCGAUCACUUUCAGUAUAGAAUCAUGGAAUACAAUACUACGCCUGUUGCAAUAUCGGAAAAGAUGCUUAUCAGAAACAACGUGAAAGAAGAGAUCAAUCAAAAUAAAAUUAAUAGGAAAAAAGAACAGCAGAAGUAUUACUAUGAUCGAAACGCAAAGUCAUUGCCAAAAUUGAGUACGGGUGACUUAGUAAUCUUUAAAAAGAAUGGAAAGGAAUGGCAUUACGGAAAAAUUACUGGGACAGUUAACGACUGCUCGUAUAUCAUUAAGGAUUCAUUUGAUAAUUAUUUUAGGCGUAAUCGCAGAUUAAUUGUUAAAACAAAUAAUGACGAUUUUAAUGCUAGUGAUUUCUUUCUUGAAGAAAAUAUUAAAGUGGGUUGCAGGAAUAAUCUGCCAGAGACUCAAAUCGUACCAGAUAAUUUAGUGAAUAACCAGAGCAAUAAUUGUAAUAAUCAGAAUUGUAUUAACCAAAAUAAUAAUUAUAAUGAUCAGAAUUAUAAUAAUAACCAAGAUACAGCCAAUACAAACCCCAUAAAUACUGUAAUUGCGGAUGAACCUAAACUUUCUGUAGAGCAUGAAAACGAGGGCCAUCAUAACUCCCCAUCGGACUAUGAAACUGCUGAAAGUGAUGAGUCAGAUGCAAACAUGGGUAGUGAGUCUGGGGCAAUCCCGGAACCUGCAGUUAGAGGCCAUUAUAGAACACGCUCUGGUCGUUCUGUAAGACCACCGCAAAAGUAUGGCUGCUAA